AUGCUGGUGAUCGAGAGUAAAGAAGGCGCAAUAGCAUGCAUGAUACUCUCUUUGCUUUUCCUCGGCACGUGGCCUGCCCUUUUAACGCUCUUAGAAAGGCGGGGCCGCUUGCCUCAGCACACUUAUCUCGACUACACGAUCACGAACCUAUUGGCUGCCCUCAUAAUCGCCUUCACGUUCGGCCAGAUUGGUAAAAACUCGAAUGAGAACCCGAAUUUCAUCAAUCAGCUAUCUCAGGAUAAUUGGCCCAGUGUGAUUUUUGCAAUGAUUGGUGGGAUUUUUCUAAGUGUCGGGAAUUUAUCGACACAGUACGCUUGGGCUUUGGUUGGCUUGUCGGUGACGGAGGUCAUCACAUCAAGCAUAACCGUAGUCAUAGGAACAACUAUGAAUUAUUUCUUGGACGACAAAAUCAACCGGGCCGUGAUUCUUUUUCCUGGAGUUGCUUGCUUUCUCAUUGCUGUUUGUUUGGGCUCUGCCGUUCAUUCGUCCAAUGAUGCAGAUAAUAAAGCUAAGCUCGAUGGAAAAAGCGGGACAGAUGUGGAGAAAGAAGGUGGCAGCAUUAAGGACAAGGCGAAAUUCGGAACAGCAGAUUUUCUAGUCGAGCUUGAGAAUAAAAGGGCAAUUAAGGUUUUUGGGAAGAGCACUUUCAUUGGGCUGGGGAUCACUUUCUUUGCCGGGAUAUGUUUUUCUCUAUUUUCGCCGGCUUUCAAUCUUGCUACAAAUGAUCAGUGGGGUACUUUACGAGACAAAGUCCCACACUUGAGCGUGUACGCUGCAUUUUUCUACUUCUCGGUUUCGUGCUUUGUGAUUGCCAUUAUUCUCAACAUAAGCUUCUUGUACCGGCCCGUUUUUCAUCUGCCCAAGUCCUCAAUCAAGGCUUAUCUGUUGGACUGGAACGGUCGGAGCUGGGCCUUACUAGCCGGGCUUCUGUGUGGUUUUGGAAAUGGGCUCCAGUUCAUGGGUGGCCAGGCUGCUGGAUAUGCUGCAGCCGAUGCCGUUCAGGCAUUACCACUUGUGAGCACGUUUUGGGGCAUGUUAUUAUUCGGAGAGUACAGAAGGUCGUCGAGAAGAACGUAUAUGCUGCUCGUGAGCAUGUUGUUGAUGUUUAUAGCUGCAGUUGGUAUCCUCAUGGCCUCGUCAGGCCACCUGGGAGGUUGGUCAUAUGUAUCUAGAGGUCGGGGGAUGAAGCGCCAGUUGGUCGGAAAUUCGCUAAGAAUUAGAAAAUUCUCCAGCCUAUCUUCACUGACGUGGAGGAAGGUGCUAGAUUUACGGGCGACUGAGACCAUAUAUUGGGCAAUACUAGAACAGGCAUCGGGAAGACGUGGUGCAAAAGGAAUUGAGCUAGUUUCUGGUGCGGGCGGGGAAAGAGAGUCGACGUCCUCCUUAGGCUCGUCGACCAGGCGAAGAGGUCGAUAA